AUGACAUCUACUACUAGUCCUGCGAGGGCACCAGUCCUUGCAAUGAGUGCUGCCGAGUUGAUUGGAAAUACUCCUUUGGUACGAUUGAAUAAGAUUCCACAGAGCUUGGGUAUCGAAGCGGAAGUCUAUGCAAAGGUUGAACUCUUCAACGCUGGUGGAAGUAUCAAGGAUCGUAUUGCCCUUCGCAUGAUUGAGGAGGCGGAAAAGUCGGGAAGAAUAAAGCCUGGAGACACUCUCAUUGAGCCAACUAGUGGAAAUACUGGUAUUGGACUUGCUCUUGUUGGUGCCAUUAAAGGCUACAAAACAAUCAUUACCCUCCCCGAAAAGAUGUCUCCCGAAAAGGUCGCCGUACUUCGUGCACUUGGGGCCACCAUCAUUCGUACUCCGACUCAAGCUGCAUGGGAUGCUCCAGAGUCUCAUAUCGGGGUAGCAAGACGAUUGGUUAAAGAAAUUCCAAACUCCCACAUACUCGAUCAAUAUGCCAACGAGAAUAACCCUCUCGCACACGAAUAUGGAACCGCGGAAGAAAUUUGGGAGCAGACCGGUGGAAAGGUUACUGCCGUUGUUGCAGGAGCUGGUACAGGUGGAACUAUCAGCGGCUUGUCUAAGGGUCUAAAGAAACACAACAAGAAUGUCAAGAUCAUUGCAGCAGAUCCUCACGGCUCUAUCCUUGCAGUUCCAGAGAGCUUGAACCAAGAACACGCCAACGAAUCAUACAAGGUUGAGGGAAUUGGUUACGAUUUCAUCCCUGAAGUUUUGAACCGAGAAUCUGUUGAUGUGUGGUACAAAACUGAUGACCGAGAAUCAUUUGACUACGCACGUAGAUUGAUUGCUGAAGAAGGGUUAUUGGUUGGAGGUAGCAGUGGUAGUGCUAUCGCAGCCAUGGUCAAGGGAGUUCGUGACUUGGGACUUGGUAAGGGCGAUACUGUGGUAGUCAUCCUACCGGAUAGUAUCAGAAGUUAUCUCAGCAAAUUUGCCGACGACGACUGGUUAGCCGCAAACGACCUCCUUCCUCCUACUCCACAAUCAUCCUCUCCAGCAUCUCCCAGUCUCGAAUCCAAAACCAAGAAAGAUCCAUAUUCCGGAGCCACCCUCCGAUCUCUCCGCCUCAAGCCUGUCACAUCCAUCCUAGCCAACUCACCAUGUUCCGAAGCCGUCGAGACCAUGCGCGAGAAGGGAUUCGAUCAACUUCCCGUCCUCAAUCCCAAGGGCGAUAAACUCGUCGGGCUCGUCACCCUCGGAAAUCUCCUCAGUUGGAUUAGUCGCGGCCGUGCUACCGGCCAAAGUCCCGUCUCAGAUGUUAUGUUCGACUUCUCGCACAUCCCUGAAGUCAUCACAGAUCCCAAGGCUAUCAGUCAUCUAACCCAACCCCCUAAGAGUAACGGCAUUGAAACAACCAAAGAUGGAAAGAAACAAACCACCCCAAAACGCAAAUUCGUAGAGAUUACAUUGGAUACUCCAAUUUCUGCCUUGAGCAAGUUUUUCGAGUGGAACAGUGCCGCAAUUGUAACAGAACAGGGAAGCGAAAAGAAUGGAUUGUCGAAACCAGUGGCAGUGGUCACCAAGGUUGAUCUGUUAAGUUGGAUGGUGAAGCAGACUAAAGUUUAA